GGCGCUGGCGAGGCAUCAGGAUCUGCGCGCGCGACAUUGUCAGGGCGCGCGGCGCUGUGGUCAUUGGCCAGCCACUGGACGCUGGCGAGAGGUAUCGGUGGGGCGACAGAGGCGCAUGCACGCUUGUCACUUGCCGCAGCCAAGACCACGGGGCCGACCAUGGCGCUAGGCAUUGUGAGGCUUGCUAGGCCGCCAUGGGCACGACCAAGGGGUCAUGGGGCGUGUCUGGAAAGCAGUCCAUGACAUACAUUAUGUUUAUGGACAAACACUUAUUAGAGGCAAAAGGGAGUGAUUAUGAAUCUUGUUCAAUUUAUUUCUCCAAAAGAAAUUAGUGAGAAUGAGUUAACUGGCUCAUCCUUACAUGCACCUACUAUUUGGAGUAGAUAUCUGUUUGAUAUACACCAAGCUCCUCUAAUUCUAUUAGGAACUACUUACAAUAAUGUUAUCUUUGGGAAAUGCUAUAAACCACAGAUCUUUUUAAAGGCAAUGCAAAAUAGUUUCUUGUCCUUCAAUUGGUAUUUGCUGAUGAUGGAAAGUACUGUGAUCUCUUGUGCACAAAGAGCACUGUUCAAGAACUCCAUAACCAACCUACUUGUUGGGGUUACCAACGUUCUUGCUUUGGAGAGAAUUGUCCAGGAAGCUCAAGUCAAGUGUGACCCUCUAAAUGCCAAGAUUGUAGCUGGUUGCCUUAUGAUUUAUGGUGGUAUUGUGCCAAAGGAUACCUUGGUGUAGAGACAAUUGGCAGGGUGCGCACUACUAACACCUCUCUUGACUCGAACCUUGAGGACAAGUUUCUUUUCAAGGACGGAAGUAUUGUUGUGAACCAACCUUACUUGGUAAGGGAUUAUGGGCCAGAAAUGAGUAAUGGGGCUGACCCAUUUGGGACUAUUGGGCCAAGAGCUAAAGGCCCAGUGAUUGAACAAGCAAACAAAAUACUAGCAUGUUAUAUUUGGGAUCCAAGGAAGAUACGGGGCAUGGUGUUGAAGAAGAAAAUGUCUGCUCCUCUCAUCUCCUUGCUCUGUGUCUAAGCUUCUCAUCCCCUUCUUCUAUGGUGUAUUUGUGUCCUCUCACCCCUCUCUAUUAUCUAUCAAUUAUCCCUUACUGUUUUAUUGUAAUUUUCAGUAUUUGUAAGUCCCUUCAGUGAAUCAAUAUAGCUAGUUGGUUUGGUUGUUAUUCGGUUUA